CUGACUCUGACAAUGGUUUCCUAUCGGUGCAGGGCCUUCCUUUGGCCAACCUGAGCAGCCACCUCAACCUGAGCAGCAGGAAGUAGAUACAGAAAUGGGCCCCUCUGUCACCAUUAUGAAACCUAUUUUGCGCUUCUUACAGCUGCUCUGUGAGAACCACAAUCAGGAUCUUCAGAAUUUUCUUCGCUCUCAGAGCAAUAAAACAAAUUAUAACUUGGUUUGUGAGACGCUCCAGUUUCUGGACAUCAUGUGCGGCAGCACGACAGGAGGGCUUGGUCUGCUGGGCCUUUACAUCAAUGAGAACAACGUGGAGCUGAUCACACAGACCCUGGAGACCCUCACAGAGUACUGCCAAGGACCAUGCCAGGAGAACCAGACAUGCAUUGUCUCUCAUGAGUGCAACGGCAUUGACAUCAUCACAGCCUUGAUUCUGAAUGACAUCAGUCCUCUCUGUCGUUACCGUAUGGAGCUGGUGCUGCAGCUCAAGGACAACGCCUCUAAGCUCUUGCUCGGUUUGAUGGAGAGUCGUCAUGACAGUGAGAAUGCAGAGAGGAUCCUGUUUAACCUUCGACCCCGGGAACUGGUGGAGGUGAUAAAAAAAGCUUACCAGCAAGAGACUGAAAAUGAGGAGGGAGAAGUUUCACCACGGGAAGUUGGACACAACAUCUACAUCCUGGCAUUACAGGUGGACUAA